UGGGAGAUCGGCAGCACAACAUCCAAUCCAAACGGUCCUGGACUGGUGUGGACUGUGACCUGCAGGUGCUAACUGAACCGUGCUUAAAGAACAACAACAGGAACAAGAAGAAGAAGACGAGGAGGUGAUAAAGGAGGAGAGAGGAGGAGGAAGAGGAGCAGACUGUUUGGACUGUGGUGGAUCUCCUGGAUUGAGCUGACGAUGGAGAACACAUGAGAGAGUGAAAGAACUGAGGGGAUCCUGAGGGGAGAGAUGGUGCCCACACAAGUUUGUGGAUAUUUCUAGAGGAAAUUCUGAAUCCUUGAACUUUGGAGAAGAAACAAAGAGGAGGGUUGACAGUGCGACUGCUGCAGAGAGGAAAAAGCCUGUAGGUGGUGCGUUGGACAAAAGGCUGUCCCAGCAGUAUGGCGUCCACCGUCCCGACCUCCUGCCACCGCCGCCUUUUCUGUGUAUUCCUUCUCUCCUUCUUAAUCACCCGCCUCGCCCUCUCUCAAGAGCCAUCUGUCACCACGGUAACGGUAAGCGAAGGAGACCCGUUCACCGUCCCCACCGCGCCAGCUAACCAGACGACCGCUAGCGCCACCGAGACCACCCAAAACACUCCACUAGAGACAGGCCUGUCCACUCCUACCAGCGGGGGAGACGCCGACGACGAGGAUGUCCCCCCCGCCGGCGGGACGCGUUGCCAGGGUUACUACGACGUGAUGGGCCAGUGGGAUCCGCCGUUCAACUGCAACGCCGGCGUCUUUCUGUACUGCUGCGGUACCUGCUUCUACCGCUUCUGUUGCCAGUUCCGCCAACAAAGGCUGGACCAGAGUAUCUGUUCUAACUACGACACGCCCAUCUGGGCCAACACCGGCAAGCCUGUGGCGACUAUCACCGAAGGCCAGGACGACCAGGACCGGGACCGCACUCAUCUCAUCGUCUACAUCAUCUGCGGGGUGGUAGCCAUCAUGGUUCUGGUGGGCAUCUUCACCAAACUGGGCCUGGAGAAAAGCCGUGGAGGAAGUGGAGGAGGCGGAGGGGCGGGGCCGGCACACGCUGACCUCAACUCCAGGACGUUGACGGACCUGCUGAAACAGCAGGGGGGUGAGGUGAGCUCCGUGGAGAACACCACAGCCAGUCCGUCCAGUGGAGGACGAGCCAACGGCACCUCCUCCAGGAUGUUACGCAGCAGGAGUGAGCAGUACCAUCUGAACAACGCGUACGGUCCAUUUGGACAAGGGCUUCCACACCCACACAGCAACCACAGCACCAUUGGACUCAACAAGUACACCUCCCUCAAAGCUGUGGCGGACAGUGCAUCUCGUAGUUACUACAAGAGCUUCCCGCUCAUGGACUUCUCCCAGUACCAACCCAUGGCCACUCCCGGUUUCCAGCCUGUCCCGGUGCAGCCUAAGGAUAAGUCUUACCUCCACCAGCCCCUCCCAUCGCACCACGACCACCACGCCCCCCUGUCCAUCUCCAUCCCCAGCAGCCACCUGGAGCACGCUCGCAUCCCCAAAACCACCACGCACCCGCUGCUCUCCAGCUCGGCCUUUAAAGCGUGGGAGCCGACCGCACGCCAUGUCCAGAGGCAGACCUCCGCCCCGGGUCACACCGCCACCACCUCCUCCGCCUCCUCCUCCAUGCAUAACUCCACCAGGAGGCACGGCUAUUCAACCCGGAGGCAGCAAAGCAUAGAGAACAUGCCAGACCUCUUCAAUCAGUCCUACGGAGGCAUGUAUGGAGGGGCGGGACACGGGCACCACGUCCAGGGGCAACACCCGCAUCAACCUCAACCCCCCUACUACCACCACACCAGGGCCAAGAGCUACUCCACCCACAGCACCACGGAGGUGACAGUCUGAGGCCUCACAGAGCGCUCCACUGCCAAUGCUAACUUUGGUGUUAGCUGAAUGCCAGAGUUUGGGACGGUCAGCCCAGCAGGUGACGAAUAUUAUACAGGGAGGUCGAUGAAAAUAUGCAGAAUCCCAAGGUUAAAAGAGCAGUGGGAAGCAUCACUUUAAACUAGAAAAGGUAAUUGCACUCUAGUAGCAUUUUAAGAGUCCUCUACAUUGAACCUAUAAUGUAUGUCGACUAACUGAAAGGAAAUCUAACCAGGAUGCUUCAGAGCGGUCUUAGCUCCUCCACACCAAACCACUUUCACAGACUCUUGUGUUUCAGACCACAAACU